GAGGCCCGUUCAUAGCUGUCGUCCGGAUGGAAUUCAGGGUAAUUCCGGUCAUCUACUACCGACAGUCCGUUUGUGAGGUUGGAGGUGGAGUCAUCAUCUUUCAGGCGCUCAUGGAUUCCUUAUUGAGCGCAUAUUCCACAACUUCAGACGACGAAGAUGAGAGUAUGGCGCGAGCCAGGCCCGAAUUCCCUGCAGCUAAACGGGCAAAACCCGAUUCUCCUAACCCAAAACCCAUUACCACUCCAUCAUACCGCCAAAGCCUCAGCUCGAAUCUCCCAACAGAAGCAGAAGCUCCCAUUCCCGGCAGAUACAUAUCAAAGCGAGAGCGAGCGGCCUUGGCAUCAGGCGGCUUGGUUUCUGACCCGAGCCCGCCUAGUCUUCCCCUAAUAUCACCGGAACUGGGAACGCUUUCAGUAUCUGAGUUGCCACAUUCUGUGUUGUCAAAAUUGAGGCAUCCAAUGAAGGGUCGUGCAAACUUGGGCCAGACACCUGAAGCUGUUACCAUAACUCUUCAUGGACACACAAAGCCUGUCAACACUGUACAAUGGUCUAGAAGUCAUGCUCAUCUUCUUGCAUCUGCCGGAAUGGAUCACACUAUCUGCAUAUGGAAUGUGUGGAGUGGAGAGCAGAAGAGGGCACGUAUACUUAACUUUCACAAGGCUGCUGUGAAGGAUGUGAAGUGGUCAGAGCAGGGACUAUAUGUACUAUCUUGUGGAUAUGACUGUUCAUCAAGGUUAAUUGAUGUUGAAAGGGGAAGAGAGGCUCAGGUUUUCAAGGAGGAUCAGGUGGUUGGAGUAGUAAAGUUUCAUCCAGAUAACUCCAACAUUUUCCUCUCAGGGGGUUCAAAAGGCCUUCUUAAAUUAUGGGAUGUUAGAAUGGGUAGGGUGGUCCAUGAAUAUACCCGAAGUCUUGGUCCGGUCCUUGAUGUGGAGUUUUCUGCUGAUGGCAAGCAACUGAUUUCUUCAAGUGAUGAGUCAAGAAGCAAUCUCAGUGAAAAUUCAAUAAUUGUUUGGGAUGUUUCACGACAGGUUCCGUUAUCUAAUCAGGUUUAUGUUGAGGCAUAUACCUGUCCAUGUAUCAGGUACCACCCCAAGGAUCCAUAUUUUAUUGCCCAAUCAAAUGGAAACUACAUUGCAAUUUUCUCUUCCAAGUCCCCCUUCAAAUUAGAUAAGUACAGGAGAUACGAAAGUCACGGAGUUUUUGGGUUUCCGAUCAAAUGCAAUUUUAGCUUAGGAGGAGACAUGGUAGCCUCUGGCUCCUCUGAUGGUUGUAUCUACUUUUACGACUCAACAACAUCUGGACUCGUUAGAAAGAUCAAGGCUCACGAGCAAGCCUGCAUAGAUGUUUCUUUUCAUCCUGCCAUACCUACAGUUGUUGCUACCUGUAGUUGGAAUGGAGAAAUUUGCAUAUUUGAUUGAGCUGCUGCUAACCAAGCAUGACAUUCAGAUUAGAUGCAGUUUUGAACACCUGCAUCAACUUACUUCAAUGGGAUGACACAGCCACUGUUUUGGCAUAAAAAAUUACUCCAAAUAAUUUCUUAAGCUAGGUUUGGCAUGAAAAUUUGGUUAGGCAGAUGAUUGGAGUUCAGCAUUAUGUAUAGAUUUUGGGGUACAUUUUUGUGCUCUCACGAGUCGCUCCCUCUUUCUUCUUGUUUCUUCUCUUGUUUGUAGUUUUUCUUGGUGAAAAGAAAACCUUUGUGCUUCAUGUGCUUCGACUCUUGAUGUACUUGGCCCCUCAAAAUGUACUUAAAAUUCUUAAAAUCUGAGAGAUCUUAAUGCGGUUUGUAGACUUGA